AGCUUAUAUCCGCAUUUGUUGAGAGGUGGCACCCUGAGACAUCGUCAUUUCACAUGCCGUUCGGCGAGAUGACUAUUACUUUGGACGAUGUGGCAUGUCUUCUGCAUCUACCUGUUAGGGGUCAGUUUUAUACUCCUGUAUCAGUUUCUCAAGAACAAGCUGCGGAACUUGCAGUUGAGUUGUUAGGAGAGGAGUAUGAAUUUGCAUUGCGAGAGACUGUAGCGCAGAGGGGUGGUUAUUUUUCACAGCAGUGGCUAUAUGAGAGUUAUAAUAGGAAUGCCAAUUUCUACGGGAAAUAUGACUGCGCAGCUAGGGCAUGGAUGUUGAUGUUGGUGGGAUCUACCAUUCUGGCCGAUAAGAGUUAUACACGUGUGGAUGCCAAAUGGCUACUUCUGUUUAGUGAUUUGUCUGCAGUCCAUACAUAUUCGUGGGCCAAUAUUGCAUUAGUUUGUUUAUACGAUAACUUGAACGAUGCAUCCAUGUUUUCUACGAGGGCCCUUGCAGGGUAUGCGACACUUCUUCAGUGUUGGAUCCACGAGUAUUUUCCUACCCUUGGUAGGCGGGCUCAGUCGGAUCUUAAUUGUGAUAAUCCUGGAUUUCCUCGAGCUAUGCGGUGGAUGUAUAAGCAAGGGAAGACCAAGCUCCCCGAGUAUCGGCCUAUAUUGGAUGCACUGACCCCUGAUGACGUGAUAUGGCGUCCGUUUGAGACUCACAGAGGUAGCAUUCCUUUUGAUCUGAUUACUCUGUAUAGUGGUCAUCUGCGUGGAUCCACGGUAGUUCCUUACUUGCCCGAGAGGUGUAUUAGGCAAUUUGGAUUUGUACAGUAUAUACCACCACCACCACCUCUAGCUCCUGCCUACUCUGAUAUUGAUAGCGACUGGAUUGGUUAUCACGCGUCCGUUGAUCGGAUCCUUCAGCCGACACGUCCAGUGACAUAUGCUAGUGAGACUGUACCUGAUUACAUGUCCUGGUACUAUAGGGUAUCACAUCCUAGACUGUGUCGCCCUGUUGAUGGACCACAUGGAGCACCACCAGUUCCGCACUAUGCACCUGCACCUGCACCUGCACCAGAUGCCCCAGUAGACGAUGCACCAGCAGAUGAUGCACCACAAGAAACUGCACUACAGCGUGAGCGGAGAUGGAGAGGUAUGGCUCGAGGCGCGCUUGAGACAUUUCUUACGAGGAUAGACGCUGAUAGGGAUGAUGAGGAUUUUGAGGAGCUUUUUUUUGCACUAGAUGUAUGUCGUGGUGCAUACCCAUGACUAGUUUUUUAUUGUUAUGUUUUUUUGAACACCGGUUUAUGUACUUUUAUUUUUGGAUUGUGUAUUUUGUUGAACUAUUUUUACUAUAUCGUGUACUUUAUUUAGAUUAUGAACUUUAUCGAUCAAAUG